GGCCCCCUGGACAGCCGAGCGGGGAGGUCCGGUUAUGGCCGGGAUGCGCAGGCUGGAGCUGGCGGAGGCCUUGCAGCUGGGGCCGGGCUGGCGGCACGCGUGCCACGCGCUGCUCUACGCGCCGGACCCGGGGUUGCUCUUCGGCCGCAUCCCGCUGCGCUACGCAGUGCUGAUGCAGAUGCGCUUUGAUGGGCGCCUGGGCUUCCCCGGCGGCUUCGUGGACUUGCGGGACUGCAGCCUGGAGGACGGGCUGAACCGCGAGCUAGGCGAGGAACUGGGCGAGGCCGCGGCCGCCUUCCGCGUGGAGCGUGCCGAUUACCGCAGCUCGCACGCCGGGUCCCGGCCGCGCGUCGUGGCGCACUUCUACGCCAAGUGCCUGACCCUGGAGCAGCUGACUGCGGUGGAGAUGGGCGCGCCGCGCGCCCGGGACCACGGGCUGGAGGUUCUGGGCCUGGUACGGGUGCCCCUGUACACCCUGCGGGAUGGUGUGGGAGGCCUGCCUGCCUUCCUGGAGAAUACGUUUAUUGGAAAUGCACGGGAACAGCUGCUGGAAGCCCUCCAGAACCUCGGACUGCUGGAACCUGGCUCUUUCGCACGCUUAAAGUUCUCAGCUCGUCCCUAGAGGCUGUCCUCCACAAACCCAUGGAACCUGCCUGAGAUCAGGGCCUUUGUCCUGGGGAGGGAGGGAGGAAAAAGGGAAUGUUUUCUCUUCUGGGCCUGGGCCUGAUAGAUGAUAACAGAUUAAAAGGAAAAGGUGUGUAGUGUGUUCUGAGCAGAGGGCCACGUGGCGACUCAUGGCGUCAGUGGCAAAAGUCCGCAGCUCAUCCUGGGCGCCCUGGCAGAUUCACAGAGCCUGCAUCUUCCCUGUACAUGUGCGCACAUACAGCCUAAUGGCCCCCAGACACGCACUCACACACAAGCUGAUGCCUCCCCCAUCCCUUGCCGUGUCCAUUUUAAGCAGGAAGUGGCACGUGUGGGGCAUAGCUUGUCGCCAUACCCAUCUCCUUGCUGGGGAGGAGCUUCUGAACCAGAGAGGCUUUCUCCCCACACUCCUACAUGGCUGUUCCCAGGGUCUAGCCCAGCCCAUGCUUGUUGGGGAGGACAGAGAAGCAGAGGACCCGUUUUCCCCCUGAAAGUAGUUGCAUCCUUGCCUGGGGGUUGGCCAGAGCAGUAUCCCCCCGAAAGGGUGGUAGAGGGCCCUAACCUACCCCCUGCCCUCUUCUGAAACUGAGCAGAAGGGGUGAGGAAAAGGUUUGGCCUCCUUGGACUGACCUUGGACUCGAGACCCCUGGGUUCUGGUGCAUUUCCUCCAGGGCUUUCACUUGGGAUCCCUUAGACUCUGGAGACAGUGAAGGGAGCUGGUCCAGCCCUGAUCUAGACCUGCCCCAAUAAAAAAGAGCCUCCCAGUAAAGAAGGGCUUAUAGCCGGGCCUCAAAGCCCUUCAGUUCCUUCAACAAAUUAGCUGUAUGAGGUAUUGGUGAUCUAGGGAUGAGAGAGCCAUAGACCGCUCUCCGUGCAGCCAGGAAACUUCUUAAAGGGCCAAAUGGUAAAUAUUUUAGGCUUGGUGGGGCACAUGGUGUUUAUAGCAAUUGCAUAACUCUGCCAAGUCAGAAGUAGUAGUGGACAAUACAUAAAUCAGUGGGUGUGGCUGUGUUCCAAUAAAACCAUUUAAAAAGGGAUGUGGCCAGCCUGUGGGCCACAGUUUGCCAACCACUGCUCUAGAAAUGAAGAUAAGAUUAAUUAAAUUAUGAUGCUUAUUUACUUCUUUUAUUUAUGUCUGUGUUAAGAAGGAAAUAAAGGAUUGCUACGGGUCCCA